UAUAACCGCCUCUUGCUUGACUGGAGCAAGUCCAUCGUUGUUAAUUCUUGUGGUCUAACCGCGUUUGGUUAUUUACAUAAUUUUUAUCGUAUAAAUUUGAGUGAAAUAAAAUGUGACACAUUGGAAUAAUUUUUUAAAGUGUUUUACCUUUGUGUACCCCAUUAUUGUUUAAAUAAGUGUCUGUUUAUAGAGUUAUCCAUAAAAAUAAUGUCGCCAUUUUGACCAUACAAUGUUAAAUUGAUUCGAGUUGAGUAUUUAUUAUUUGAUUUGAACGUUAGAAGAAUAUAAAACUAUCUAUCAGACGAUAAACUUAUUUAGAUACGUACCAGUUGUCUAAAUGGAUAACGACGCAUGCAGAGAAAAUGUCGAAAAAUAGUACCGUAAAUUUUGUAAUACAUGACGCCAAUGGACAACCACAGAUGGUUAAAGUAGUUCAAAAUAAAAGUAAUCAACCCAUUGCUCAAAUUAAAUUGAAAGGAAAUCCAGUCAAAUUAAUUAAACUACCAUCUGCCUCUCAAGGGAAAGCGAAGACAGUCUUUCGGACAAUCAAACUCAGUGAUCUUAAAUGUUCUUCAAAAUUAGUGCAGGUUAAUGCAAAUAACAAUUUGUUACGGAGUCCAAAAAUAUUACCUAAGGAGGAAUUAAUAGAAAUUGAAUCAGAAGUUCAACAAGACAUAAAGCCAAAACUGUCAGAAUUGAAAUAUAUUCACACUGUAACAGUACCGGAACUCGCCACAAUUCCAAAGCCGCAUCAUCUUAGAAAAGAUACUAGUGCAGUCAGAAGGGAUAUAUCUACAACUAUGUCACAUGCUUCCAGGCGAAGGCAUGAUUCUGAUAAUGACCCACCUACUGAAUAUACAACCAAAAGGAGGAAGCAUGCAGAUAAAGUAGGAAAAGGUCUGAGGCAUUUUUCAAUGAAAGUUUGUGAAAAAGUAAGAACCAAGGGUUUUACUUCAUACAAUGAAGUUGCAGAUGAAUUAGUAUUGGAAUUCGCAGCUGGCAUGCAUGGUUCUGCGGAUAGUCAGCAAUACGACCAGAAGAAUAUCAGAAGAAGGGUUUAUGAUGCACUGAAUGUAUUGAUGGCAAUGAACAUAAUUUCAAAAGAAAAAAAAGAAAUUCGGUGGUUGGGUCUGCCAACCAAUUCAGUACAAGAAUGUACAUCAUUGGAAAAAGAAAAACAAGCUAAACUAGAACAGAUACAGAAGAAAACUCAACAGUUACAGGAACUUAUCCUUCAGCAUAUAUCAUUUAAAAGUCUGAUACAAAGAAAUAAGGAUGCAGAGAACAAGGGGGUAAAACCAUCACCCUCUUCAGCAAUACAUCUGCCUUUUAUAGUUGUUAACACAAGUGACAAAGCUUUGAUUGACUGUAGUAUUUCUAAUGAUAAGACAGAAUAUAUGUUUAACUUUAAUAAGAAAUUUCAAAUUUAUGACGAUAUAGAUAUUUUGAAGAGGAUGGGCCUUCUUUUUGGUUUAGACAAAGGAGAAUGUUCAGAAGAAGACAUAGAGAGGGCAAAAUCUAUGGUGCCAAAAUCAUUGGAGCACUAUGUGGAACAAAUGGGGAGAGGAGUUGUAACAAAAUUAUCAACAUUACUUGAGGAGGAAGAGCUAGAGGAUUUGGAAGAGGAUUCUCUGGAAGAUACCGGGGAGGCCGAGGGUGAAGGGGAGGGCGAUGAGGAGGCAGACGAGCCCGACGGCAAUGAGUACAGCGACGACAGCAGCGACGUUGACGUCUAGCGAAACAUAUUAUUUACUUAGAUGUUAAUGUUAAAAUUGUGAGCUAAGCCUAUGCAAUAUGUUACUUGAGAAAGUGUGCGGUCAUGUUAAUUCAGAAAUACAACGACUUGGUACAAAAUAUCUUCAAA